CCUGCACCGACGACCGGCAUCACCGAAUCGCUCCAAUUGCCGAAGUCCACGAAAAUACAGCUCGCGGCCAGUUGUCUCUUCCGAAACUACCUGUUCUGGCGAAGAGAGACGAAUUAGAGCGCCCUUGCUACGAGUACUUUCUGUGGAAGUCUGGUGUGUUGUACAAACUAGCCCGUUUUCUGUUCAACCUGCGAAUUCGUUCAGAAUCAGAAUUGGACAGGUGGGACUGGUGGCACAAAACUGAUUUGCCUGACAAAACUCUCGUUGCCGAUCCUGUCACUGGUCGCGUACGUCAAGAGGUCCUGCUCGACGAGAGGGACGUCGGGAGGCUACUGCACCAUUUCGUGCAGCAAUAUUUUCC